UACUCUCAACAUUCUCUGAUUCUGAGCUUCACUACCAAGACCAAGCUACUACUACUACUGUCACUGUGUUACUCUCAACAUUCUCUGAUUCUGAGCUCCACUACCAAGACCAAGCUACUACUACUACUGUCACUGUGUUACUCUCAACAUUCUCUGAUUCAUGUCCAGAUCGGUUGGCAGAAUGUCUCUGCUGCUUUGUUGUGUUGUGAUGGCUCUGCACCUAGCAACAGGGCUGGAUGCUGCUCCAGGGGUGGUGAACACUACAGAGGAGGAGGUGGAAGGGGUGGACUCCCAGUCACCUUGCCCAGCCGGGUGGCAUCAGAAUGAGCAUCGCUGCUUCUCCUUCUACCCCAUCUGGGCCACCUGGGCCACUGCAGAGUUGUACUGCUCCCAACACAGAGGGAACCUGGUGUCGGUUCACAGCCCGGGUCAACAGGUGUUUGUCCAGGAUCUGGUCAGGAGACACACAGACCAGCCGGUCUGGAUGGGAGGCUACGAUGCAGCUCAGGAGGGGAUGUGGCUGUGGAGUAACGGCUCAGCUGUUGACAGUUUCUACUGGGAGGAGGAUGAGCCCAGUAACUCUGGACAGGGGGAGAACUGUAUGGAGCUGCACACUGGAGGUGGGCAGGGCUGGAAUGACGUGGCCUGUGCAGAGCUGAGGUUCUAUGUGUGUUCUAUGGAGACAAGAUCUGGUUUAGCAUCAUUGCCAAGUCAGAAGAAAUCACAUGAGAGAGAGCUGGUUGAAGAGGUGAGUAUUUAUGACGUCCUGUGGGAGACCAGUGAGAGAGUAGCAGAUGAGAUCCUCGACUCAGCCUUCCUCAGAGGGAUGUAUUCCAGACGUCUGCCUGCCCGCUGCUAUGCUGACUUCUGCCACCAGGAGGUGCUAUACCUGGACAGAGUCAUCACCAUGCUGCGGGUGCUGAUCAGAACAGUCCAGGGUCCUCCAGACAUCAUGCUGUUUCUCCAGAGAACACAUCAACGCUACCAGGAGUCUCUGAAGAAGGCCCAGAUCCAAACUCCACCACACCUGAACCUGUCCUCCAUCCAGCCCUCUGCAGCUGUGCGUCAGUACCUCCAGAGCUUCCAUGACAUUGUGAAUGAGGAGCCCAUCUACUGGCUGGUGUCUCUGCUGCCCAGAGCCCUGCUCAGACCUUACCUGGCAAAGAACCUGCCCCUGGGAGAGAGGACCAGACCAGACCCCAGCCCCUGCCUCUACCCCUGGCUAAACCUCUUCCCCUGCCCCUGCUACCAGUGGGGGGGAGAGGACAUGAUGUCAGACCAGAGGAGCCAGAAGGAUGAGUCAGGGACAUAUUACAGGCAUCUACUGGAGAAGUACCAGGGUGUGAUAGACGUCUAUAAGGCUGUCAACAUCUUCAGAGUCCAGAUGAUCAACGAGAAGUCUCUCUUCACCUCCAGCUGGUUUCCCACUGGUGACGAGGAGGAAGAGGAGGACCAACCCAAUCUGUUGUCUGUGGAGUCUGGUCCUGACAUUAGGGCGAGUGACGUAUUUAUUUAUGACAUGUUAAUCUUGUAUUGAAGUCAGUCGAGGAUUGUGCUAAUUUUUUUACAUUUUAUUUCACCUUUAUUUAACCAGGUAGGCUAGUUGAGAACACCUUCUCAUUUACAACUGAGACCUGGCCAAGAUAAAGCAAAGCAUUUCGACACAAACAACAACACAGAGUUACACAUGGAAUAAACAAACGUACAGUCAAUAAUUCAGUACAAAAAGUCUAUAUACAGUGUGUGCAAAUGAGGUGAGAUAAGGGAGGUAAGGCAGUAAAUAGGCCAUGGUGGCAAAGUAAUUAUAAUACAGCAAUUAAACACUGGAGUGGUAGAUGUGCAGAAGAUGAAUGUGGAAAUAGAGAUACUGGGUGCAAAGGAUCAAGAUAAAUAAAUAAACACAGUAUGGGGAUGAGGUAGUUGGAUGGGCUAUUUACAGAUGGGCUAUGUACAGGUGCAGUGAUCUGUGAUGAUUGAUAAUGUGACUGUUUCUCUUUUUAACAUUUACAUGUAUUUUCUUACACACUGACACCCCCAAUCCCCCUAAAACAGUUGUUCUUUGCAAACAACCAAUUUAGGCCAGCCCACUGUGCUUAACGAUGGACCGGCCCAUCUGCCCCCUAAAUGUCCUAUCGCCAGUCAGUUUCUGGUUCAUAGUGACUCUAUUGGGACAGUUAUGUCAGGAGAGCCUUUCAGAUAACACAUCCUAUCUCUCAUUGGUCUUGUUUGUCCUGUCCCUUAAAUCUGGUUGUUUCUGU